AUGGCCUUUGAAAUGUGUGCCAACCGCCUCGAAUCCUGGGCUGCGCCCACUUUGCCAGACAGCUCUGUCCAAACGCCUGUUACCACCUGCAGUGCCGGAGCGUCCGACGGCAUGUGCAAAUGUCGACACCGCCCUUACUUGGAACACGAGUGCCAUGAUCAUCUUGCACGCUCGUGCUCCGUGGUUAGCGUGUGCUGUGCCCAAGUGAAAGCAGCCGGCCAGAGUCGCGGAUGCAUGCGGAUGCUGACAAUGUGUGGCUCCCAAGUCGAGCAGCUUCAGGGCCGGAGCCUGCAUGGGUCUGUGCUGACUUGCGAUGAUAAGACCUUGAGGAACGACAGCGCUCUGCUUCUGGCCAUCUCAUCGGCCUCCACGGUGGGCAUUGCCGUUCCCUUCCGCUUGCCCGGCUUGCCAGUUGCGGAUGCAUGCAGCCUCCAGGAAUCAUGUGGCAACCAGGCGGCCACGCAGACGGCGCCUGACGCCCCAGCUCCCCUGCGGCGCUGCGGCUGUGGCUCCUUCCGGAUAUACUCCGACUGUCCACUGCGAGUGGAUCCCAAGUUCCUGCAAACUUCCGAAGGUCCUCGGUUCUUUGCGGUUCUUCCUUCGAAAGGCGCAAUAACGAGGCCUGGAUCAAAGGCAGGCGCCGGUGUCCUGCCACUCGGAAGCUUUGGACCAACUUUGGUGCAAGACCUGGACGACCUGGACCUGACUUUGCAAAGCUUCCUGCCUGGAAUCCACCUUGCCAAAUCCCGUAAGCUGGAGCACGGAUGGCACUUCUGCCACUUCCUCCAGCUGCACGCGCGCAUCAAGCUGUGA